AUGAGCAACCGCCGCAGCCAACGUAUGCAAUCAGGACCGGGAAUGAGCAUUUACUGCAAUCAUGCGAUUACUUUCAACAACAGCACCGUGUCUGGAGGAACCUUCAUCAACAAUGCCAUCAAUGUCUUCCAGGGCCAUAAUAACGGCAGCGUGGUUGUCCAUGUCAACCCUGUUGCUCAUGCCUAUCCGACAAUCCGCGAACACACCGUUGCGUCGAACAACCGCAGGGACGAACCUUUGAAGGCGUGA